CCUCCCCGCCGCCCCGCCGCCCCGUCGCCGCCGGCGCCGAGCUGACCUCCGGGCCCCGCGACCAUGCCCCGCCUCCCGCGGGCCGCGCUGCUGCCGCUGCAGCUCGCCCUGCUCGUGGGCGCUGGGGCCCCCGAGGCGUCGGUGAGCGCGCCGCGGAGCCUGGUGUGGGGGCCCGGGCUGCGGCCCGGCGUCGUCCUGCCCGUGCGCUAUUUCUACCUGCAGGCCGUGGACUCGGAGGGCCUGAACCUCACUCGCUCGCCCCCAGGUCAAACACUAUUCAAGGUAGUAAUCAAAUCUCUUUCACCUAAAGAGUUAGUCCGGAUUCACGUCCCCAAACCUUUGGACAGGAAUGAUGGGACAUUUUUGGUGCGAUAUAGGAUGUAUGAAACUGUCAGUGAAGGGCUGAAGAUAGAGGUCCUUUAUGGUGAUGAACAUGUGGCUCAGUCUCCCUAUAUUUUGAAAGGACCAGUGUACCAUGAGUACUGUGAGUGUCCAGAAGAGGAUCCUCAGGCCUGGCAAAAAACUCUGUCUUGUCCAACCAAGGAACCACAGAUUGCAAAAGAUUUCGCUUCUUUCCCCAGCAUCAAUCUCCAGCAGAUGUUAAAUGAAGUUCCGAAAAGGUUUGGGGAUGAAAGGGGUGCCAUUGUCCAUUACACGAUUCUCAACAACCACAUCUACCGGAGAUCUUUAGGGAAAUACACAGACUUCAAAAUGUUCUCAGAUGAGAUUUUGCUGUCACUGGCAAGAAAGGUCCUUCUCCCCGAUAUAGAAUUUUAUAUUAAUCUUGGAGAUUGGCCUCUGGAGCAUCGAAAAGUCAAUGAAACCCCUGGCCCUUUGCCUAUCAUUUCGUGGUGUGGCUCCCUGGAUUCACGAGACAUUAUCCUUCCAACAUAUGAUAUCUCCCACUCCACACUGGAAGCAAUGAGGGGUGUCACAAAUGAUCUCCUCUCUAUUCAGGGAAAUACAGGGCCUUCCUGGAUCAAUAAAACAGAAAAAGCUUUCUUCAGAGGUAGAGAUAGCCGAGAAGAGAGACUCCAGUUGGUACAGAUGUCCAAGGAAAACCCAGAGCUCCUAGAUGCAGGAAUUACAGGAUAUUUCUUUUUCCAAGAGAAAGAAAAGGAGCUUGGAAAAGCUAAAUUGAUAGGUUUCUUUGAUUUCUUUAAGUACAAGUAUCAAGUGAAUGUGGAUGGGACUGUGGCUGCGUAUAGAUAUCCGUACCUCAUGCUGGGUGACAGUCUGGUUCUGAAGCAGGACUCAACAUACUAUGAACAUUUCUAUAUGGCACUAAAGCCUUGGAAACAUUAUGUCCCAAUUAAAAGAAAUCUUAGUGAUUUACUAGAGAAAAUUAAGUGGGCCAAGGAAAAUGAUGAAGAAGCCAAGAAGAUUGCAAAAGAAGGGCAGCUGAGCGCCAGGGACCUGCUGCAGCCACACCGGCUUUACUGCUACUAUUACAGAGUAUUCCGGGAAUAUGCGGAGCGCCAGUCCAGCAAACCGGAAAUACGCGACGGAAUGGAACUUGUUGCUCAGCCUGAUGAGGACACGUCCGUGUGCCAGUGCCACCGGGAAAGACCUUCCAGAGAAGAGCUGAUACUUGAAAACAUCUGCCAGAAGCAACAGUAAUAAGCCUGGUAUUUUGGGAAUUCACUAAUAUGCUGACAAGAAAGGCAAACAUCCUGAAUGCAUCCUUGCUGUUGCAGUGGUUUUGCACUGCUCAGAAAAAAACUUUGAAAUUUCCUUCGCCUUUUUUGGACGGGGUCAAGACUUAAGACUUAACGCCCAGAACUUCGUUACACACUCCUUGUAAAACCACCCAUCCAAGAGUCAUUGGUCAUGUCACUAAUGAGCACUUCCCCAAAGCAAGAGCUAUCUACCCUCCCAAUCUAAAAAUAUUGACUCCUCUCAUUGAAAUAUUUACUUAAUCUGGAAAGCACUGUAAUGUAACAACUUUAAAGUAGUCCUAUCUUUUUCUGAAGGUCAAUAAGAACACAGAAUUGUGUAACUAGACAAAAGCAAAACCAUAUUUAAGAGCAGUGUAACCAAAGCCAAGUAUCCAAGGAAAACCAAUACCCACCAGUUGUUCCCAAGUACACGGUCACAGGGCAAGCUGUACUGGGACCAUAACCUAAUGAAUCCAUGUCCUGUAUAUAUUGUACCCGGAGUUUGGGGUUUGUCAAGGCCGAGAUUAUGGAAAGAAAAUUUGCCCUCCCUCAUACCUCCCUGCCCACCAACCCCUGCUCCUUCCUUGUGGCUGAUGGCAUCUUGUUCAAAACAUCUUAAAUUUUUUAAAUAUCUAUCACCAGCUGCCAAACAAGACUGAGAGUGAAAAGUGAACUGAGGUACAUCAGGCAGCCUCUGAGCAUGGAACAGAGAGGAUGUAUUUAAGAAAUUAAGUGGAGCCCUCAAAGUUAGCUUAAAUGGUUUUCUGGUUUGUUGACAUGAACAUAACCUAAUAAAGUAGUUUUACUAAAACCAUGAUUUUUCCCUUCGAAUUCACACAUUACCCACAUAAUCCAUUAUCAUUUUUAAUACUUCAACUUUCAUUUAAAAAAUUUGAUAUUUCAAAGAAGAGGACUGUAAGGAUGUGCAAGUAAAUAUAGUAAGUGCAUUUGUCUAAAUAAGUUGCCAGGGUAUUUGUUGCAGCACUGUUUUUAUUAGUAAAAUGUUGGAAACACCUUGAAUAGCUUUCAUGAAGGAACUGGCCAAAUAGAUAAAGAUAUAUAAAGGAAUAUAAUACAACCAUUAAAAAGAAUGAAGUAUCUCUAAACAUACUAUCAUGAAAGAUUUCCAUUACAGUAUUCAGUGGAAAAAGUAAGUUACAGAACAGCAUGUAUAAUGUGAAACCAUGAAUGUAAAAAACAAAAAUAUGUUUGUAUGGUUAAAAGUUUGGAAAGAUUUUAUUUACCAAUAUCUGAAGGGACGGAGAGAAGGGAAUUUUUACUUUUUGCUAUAUACCUAUGGUAUUUGUUUUUACUGCAAGUAUGAAUUAGACUAUAAAAUAAAGAAAAAUGUAAACCUAGGAAAAGACUGUAAGUGCACAAAAGAUAUAUAUAAGAAAAUGGAUAUUUAUAUUUUCCAUUAUGCUGUUUUUAAGUCUACUAUGUCUAGAAUUUUGUAUCAUGGGACAUAUUUUAUACACUUUUAAAUAAAAUAAAUUUUCUAAAUAA